AAUUGUCCUGAUAACCAAUAUUAUGGCUAUCCUAAAUUUGAUUAUAUUGAGAUUAACUGCCCUCUUGCUCAACUUAAACUUGAUAAUUUAACUUACAAAUAUGGUUGUGACAAAGACCAAAUAAAAGAAAGAAAAAUGACCUACUAUAGUAAAAAGAGAACCCAUUAUUGUUGUUAUUGUUAUAUCUCUCAACAACCUAAUAAAUUAUAUAAAUUAGAAGAAAAACUUGCUUGUACUGCUUGUUAUAAAACUUAUUAUAAAGCUCUUAACCCAAAAGAUCUCAGAAACCAAAAAUAUUAUGAUACAGGAAUUGAAAAAGAAGUUUUGCAAUAG